AUGAGCUUCCUGAGCAGCGAGGUGUUCAUGAGGGACUUCGUGUCCCCAUUCGACCCGUCGGAUUUGGGGGAUGAAGAGAGCUUAGGUCUCCUAGAUGACUACCUGGAGGUGGCCAAGCACUUCAAACCUCAUGGGUUCUCCUGCGACAAGGCUAAGGCAGGAUCCUCCGAAUGGCUGGCUGUGGAUGGGUUGGUCAGUUUCUCAGACAACAGCAAGGAGGAUGCUUUCUCCGGGACAGAUUGGAUGGUGGAGAAAAUGGAUUUGAAGGAGUUUGAUUUUAAUGAUACCCUGUUGAGUAUGGAUGACCUGGAAACCAUGCCAGAUGAGCUCUUGGCCACGUUGGAUGACACGUGUGAUCUCUUUGAUCCCCUACUCCAGGAGACUAACAAGGAGCCCCCCCAGAUAGUGAACACAGGCAUAAAGGAGGAGGAUGCCCCCUCAGAUAAUGAUAGUGGCAUCUGUAUGAACCCUGACUCCUCGCUGGGCUCUCCCCAGCAUAGCCCCUCCACCUCCAGGGGCUCUCCAAAUAACAGCCUGCUAUCUCCAGGUGCCCUCGGUGGCUCUUCCCGCCACAAACCCUACGACCCUCCUGGAGAGAAGAUGGUAGCAGCAAAAGUAAAGGGUGAGAAGCUAGACAAGAAGCUGCAGAAAAUGGAGCAGAACAAGACAGCAGCCACUAGGUACCACCAGAAGAAGAGGGCAGAACAGGAGGCUCUCACUGGUGAAUGUAAAGAGCUAGAAAAGAAGAAUGAGGCUCUGAAAGAGAAGGCACAUUCCUUGGCCAAGGAGAUCCAGUAUCUUAAAGAUCUGAUAGAGGAGGUUCGCAAGGCAAGGGAGAAGAAAAGGGUCCCCUAG